CUUCUUCUUCUUCAAAUUGCGCUUCAACCACUCUUGUUUCCUUCCCAAUUCGUUCGCCCUCAUCAAUUAGAAUCUCCACGCAUAAUCGAAGAUUCGCUUUCAGAGUUGAAGCUUACGAUUCCUCUAACAACGACAGUUCCAGUUCUAACGCUGCCGGCGACUCCAAGCCCCCAAAUGGCACUCUCUCGAAGAGUAGGAGAGAUAUUUUACUGGAGUAUGUUAAGAACGUGCAGCCAGAAUUUAUGGAAUUGUUUGUGAAAAGAGCACCUCAACAGGUUGUGGAUGCAAUGCGACAAACAGUGACGAAUAUGAUUGGAACACUGCCGCCUCAAUUUUUCGCAGUAACAAUUACAACUGUAGCUGAAAACCUUGCACAGCUCAUGUACAGUGUCAUGAUGACCGGAUACAUGUUCAGGAAUGCACAAUACCGUUUGGAGUUGCAAGAAAGUUUGGAACAGGUUGCUCUUCCAGAGAUGCAGGAUAAGAAGGAUGUGCCAGACUAUGCACCUGGUACACAGAAGAAGCAUGUUUCAGGUGAAGUCAUUCGUUGGAACAAUGUAUCUGGGGCUGAGAGAAUAGAUGCUAAAAAGUAUAUUGAGUUACUUGAAGCAGAGAUAGAGGAGCUGAAUCGUCAAGUUGGGCGGCAAUCUAACAAUGCACAAAAUGAGUUGUUGGAAUAUCUAAAAUCUCUCGAGCCUCGCAAUCUGAAGGAUUUGACUAGUAGUGCUGGGGAGGAUGUUGUGUUUGCGAUGAAUACUUUUAUAAAGCGCCUACUGGCUGUUUCAGAUCCUAGCCAGAUGAAGACUAGUGUGACUGAGACGAGUGCACCAGAACUCGCCAAACUUCUUUAUUGGUUGAUGGUGGUUGGGUACAGCAUUCGCAAUAUUGAAGUUCGUUAUGACAUGGAAAGAGUACUUGGCACUCCUCCAAAGCUUGCCGAGUUGCCUCCAGGUGAAAAUGUUUAAGCAGUCUUGAUAAUGUCCCAAGUUGCAGCUCAAUAGAUUUUCCACUUCUUAUCUGAUUUGCUGAUGUUCCAGUCAUGAACUAAAGGUAAAGGAGGCUACAUUUUUCAGAGCCCCUAAGUACGCUAGGAAGAUAUAUCUUUAUUUAUUGUAAUAGUUGACAUAUCCGGUUAAACUUUCUAUCGAUAGUUAUACUGAAGAGAUAAGAUGUCAAGGUUGAUUGAUAUUCAUUCCUGAAGUUGUUCUAUGAAUCCUUGAUUUUCAUUCAUAAUAUUUGGCAGUCUCUACUCUCAACUGUGAACAAAUAUUUCAAAUGCAGCUAUUUCAUUUUGUUA